AUGGAUGAGGUAAAAAAAUGGGAAUUAUCGCAAUUACCAGGUUUUGAAGCAAUUGAAGAGCCUAAAGAAGAUGAUGGAGUUUUACCCUCUACAUCAGAUGAGGGACCAAAAAUAGCAAAAUUUAAAGCUGAAGACCUCGAUAGAUAUUUAAAUAGUAAAGAUUCACAAGAUAUACUAAAAACUAACGAAUAUCACAAACUCCCUUCUGAGUAUUUUAAAGAAGAUGUUUCUACCAUUAAUAAAGUAAUUGAUGAUGUUAACGAAGAUUUAGAAGAGUUGAGUGCAAGAAUAAAAAAUACUGCAGAUUUUGUACGAGACGCAAACGGUUAUGUUUUAGCUCAACCAAAAAGUAAAAAACCACGAGAAGAAACAUUAGAUUACAUAAAAAAUUAUAACAUAUUAAGCAUAUAUGCAACAAAUUUAAGUAAUCUUAAGUAUUAUAAAACAAAAUCUGGCUCUGGGAUUGUUUACUUUAACAAUGCACAUCAACUUCUAGACAGACUUGAAUUACUCGGUGGUUCAAUUCUUGCUGGUAAUAAUGGUGUAAUACCUGAGUUUUCUCAAAUAGCACAUCUUCUCAACCAAAUGAAAGUAAUCUCAAAAAAACAACUAAAUGAUCUACUAAAAAAUUAUAUACCAAUUAUAUAAAAAUGGAAGAACGAGCUAUCCACAUAUCCUCAAUAAACAGGGAAAAAAUAGGAACAAGCAGACCUGGCGAUUUUACUAUCAAGUUUAAUCCAUCUCUAAAACUUGACCCUGAUAAGAAACAUGAACUUGCUCUUGAUCGGCUGUCCAUGACUUACUCCUGGUACAACAUUAGAAGUGAUUAUGACAACAAUAAAAUCAAAUAUACGCAUGAUGGAUCAACCUGGCAAACAAUUACUUUUACAGAUGGAAUGUAUUCCUACUCAGAUAUUAAUGAUUACAUUCAUCAAUAUAUGUCACAAAAAAACCAUCACUCAACAGACUCCAAAGGAGAAAAGGAGUAUUCAAUCAAUCUAACUUUUAUACUAUCUACCUAUCGAAUUUUAAUUUCAGUUAGUAAUAACUAUCAACUUGAUCUGAGAGGAACUAAAUUUGGAGACCUAAUUGGAUUUGAAAAGAAACUUAUUACAAAAACAGAGUAUGGAACAAAACUACCAAAUAUCACAAAUUCGAUUGAUGUGUUAAAUAUCAACACAAGCGCAAUAACUGAUAGCAUUGUAAAUGGAAUAAAUACAAAUACUAUUGCUGUGGUACCAACUGAUAAUCUCACAAGGUCUUAUCCAUUUACGUUUGAGCCUAAAAGACCUUUGUAUUGUCCUGUAUCAACAUUUCACAUUGAUGAAAUGAGAAUAUAUGUGACAGACUCACUUGGAAGACCAGUAAAUUUUAAUGGUAUAGAUUGGUUUAUGACUUUGAUACUCCAUUCAAUGUAAUAUAACUAUUAAAAUAAAAUGAUGAGACAAUCAGAGUUUAAAAUGAAACUUGACCCUGAAUUGGGUAGAUAUACAAGACAACAUAUUUAUGGAGAAGGAAUGAUGGAUGUGUUUAAAUCGGUUGGUAAAAAAAUAUUUGGAAAAACAAUGAAAAAAGCUGCUAAAAGGGGCGCUAAAAAAGCGGUAACAAUGGCUGCAACAAAAACUGGUGAACAUGUAGGUAAAAAGGCUGGUGAUAAAAUAGUGCAAAUGUUAUCAAAAGAAAAGGCUGCACCCUCCAACAAAAAAGUUACUUUUAAUAAAAAUGUUGAAACAAUGACUCAACAAGAGAUAAAUCAAAGAUUGAAUAACCUUCUUAGUGGAGGUUCAACACGUAAGAGAAAAUUAUAUAAUUAUUAAAAUAAAAUGAAGUCUUUUAGAAAUCCAAAAUAUUUAGAUAGAUAUGAGGAUGUUGUUUUUGACCUGGAACAGACUUUAGAUGCGGCUCCAGCAAAUAACGCUCACCAAACUAAAACAGGUCUUAGAUUUGUUGCUGAUAAUACAGGAGAAACUACUCCUUUUGAUUGGUAUAACGCCCGAUUAUCAAUGGAUUUUAAAGUAAAUAAGCUGGCAGAUGGAGGAAACAUUGCGAUUGCAGGCCAUAACGGAAUUGUAAAUGGUAGUAACUCAUUUAUAGAAAAAUUAAGUAUCCUAGCAAAUGGUCGAGAAGUUUAUAGUUGUAACUACGCAAAUCAUGUUGUAAAUAUGAAAAAUCUUCUUGAGUAUAAUCCUUCAUAUGCUGAGAGUGUAGCUACAAACGAAUUUUAUUUUCUUGAUACAUCAACAGCUGCUGAGGAAAGACCUGCUCAAGCAACUUAUAAUAAAGGUUUUCAUAAAAGAAAAUUACUAUUAGGUGUGUAUCAGCCACAGUAAACUGUGAAAUUCCUCUUAAUAGAUAUUCUUUCUUUGAAGCAUUGGAAGACAAAUUACUUCCAAAUACAAAAAUUGAGCUAAAUAUCGAAAUUGAAAAAGAUGCAAAUUUAAUUUUUCAAGCUGCUGAUGAUUGUAGAGUUAUUAUAACAAGACUACAACUUUUUAUUCCAAAACUUACGUUUAAUUCAGAAGGGCAAAAGUUGUACAUGGAAAAUUAUCUUAAACCUUACAAAUGGACAUAUUUGAAUGAAGUAGUUGAAAGAUCAAAUAAUACACAGCAACAGACAGGACAUUUUAGAAUUACAAAUGCUAUUUCAAAACCAAGGCAUGUAUUUGUUUUUGGAAUUGAUACGGCAAGAAUUGAUGAACAAACGGCGAAUCCAUUUUUAUACGAUACUUUUAAUCUACCAAAUAAUGCUAAUAUAUCAAGAUGUUACCUGGAAGUUGCAAAUGGAAACGAAUACCCAGAUAUUCACUUUAAACCUUCUACAGAUAUGUCAAGAGUUUUUAGAAAUGUAAUGUCAUACGUCUAUGCAAAUAAUGAUUAUCAAGGUGGAACAUUACUUAAUAUAAGUAAUUUCAAAACUUUAUUUCCUUUUGUUUAUUUUGACCUAACAAAACAAAAAAUGGAUAUCAAAGAUGGUGUUACAAAAUUAGCAUUUCAUUACGAAUUAUCUGCUAAUCCAGACGCUGAUUAUAAUAUUUACGCAUUAGUCUUACAUGAAAGAAUAGCAGAAAUAUCACAACAAGAUGGAAAACUAUUGCUUAGGGCUUAGAUUUAAUAUAAUCUAAAUAUUAAAAUAAAAUGACUACUUAUAUAGAAUACGGUGUAAAACUUACAGAUGGACAAAAGUCAAAAUUGGCUUCUGCAAUAUUAAAUAAAUCACCACUAACUCUUCGGUUAAAACAUGGACAUCUUCGAGGUUCUGAUGAGUUAAUGCUUACUCAAAGACAAAUUUCUAAAAUAAAAAAAUCUAUUGCAAAUGGAACAGGAUCAGAUAUAAAGAUAAGUAAAACACAGAUUAGACGUUCUGUAAAACAUGGCGGAAACUUAUUUUCCUCACUAGCAUCUCUUGGAGCAAAAGUACUACCUUACGCAAUUAAAGGAGUUUCAAAAGUUGUUCCUGCAUUGGCUACUGGAGCUGCUACUGCACUUGGAGAAAUUGGUCUAAAUAAAAUAUUUGGAAAAGGAAUAACAAUCCCCCCACAGUUUUUCCCAAUGUUACCACCUCUUGUAAGAGAAUUUACCAAAUCACAAAUAAAUCAAAUUAACAAAGCUUAUCAAUCAGGUGGACGAUUAGUUAUAAAACCAACUCGUAAACAAAUAGAAGGAGGAUUUCUUGGAACUCUUGCAUCUAUUGGAAUUCCAGUGGCAAUUAGUUUAGUAUCUAAGAUGUUUGGAUCUGGUCUUCAGGUUGAUAGACAUGGUUCCUCUAAUACAGCAAAUGUUUACGUUCCACAUCCUCAUCCUCCACCCACACAUGGUGAAGGUUAUCCUUAUCACUUUCCACCACCUUUUUUAGGUACUUGGGAAAACCCAAUUGGAAUGGGGGUUAAAAAAAAAAGUCCAAGUCCAAAGGAAAAGGACUACUACUAGGAAAAAACAGCCCAUUCAACUCAAUUCCCAUUCUCGGCACCAUUUUGUAAUUAAACCUCUAUCCAACUUUGACCUCAUGGAAUGGAUAAAAAGACUUGGUAUUAAACAUUUCAGAGGAAUUUACAGUAGGGAUGGACUACCAAACAAAAUCAAAAAAGAAUGUGGAAUAAUUAAUCUAGAUGAUAUAACAGGUCCUGGCACACAUUGGGUUUGUUAUAGAAAUAUAGACAAUGUAGUUGAGUACUUUGAUCCAUUUGGACUAAUAAUGCCAAAUGAAGCAUUAAAGUAUUUUAAUACUUCUGGAAAACGAAUAGUUUACUCAACAGAUGAAAUACAAAAUCGUAGUACUGUUCUCUGUGGUUAUUGGUGUUUAUACUAUCUGUUUGAGAGACAGCGGGGUAAUAGUAUUCUUAAUGUAAUACAUAACCCACAUUUUGACAACGACAACAGUGAUUUUAUAAAGUCAUACUUUUCUUAAGAUUAAAUAAAAUAUUUUUAUUUAAUCAUUAUCACUAUCUACUUAUUUAUUAUUUAAAUUUUUAAAAAUUCCAAUUCUUUUAUAUAUAAAUAAUUUCAUUAAAAUUAUAAUAAAUAUUAAUAAGUUUAAAUUUAUAAAAAUUUUCACUAAAAUUAAAAUAAAUAAAAAUAAGUUUAGAUAACUAUUUAAUUCAAUUAAAUUCUUUUUAUCUAAAGAUAUAUUUUUAUUACUCUCUUUUUUUUCUUCAUGUUGAUGUAAAUUAAUUAAAUACUUGUUAUCUAAAGAGAUAUCUUUAAUAAUCUUAUCUUCCAUUUUAUUACUUACUCCAAACCUUUAAAUUAUUUAUUCACCAUCUACUGAUUUAUUCUUUAACUUUUUAACCAUCUCAACUUUUUUGUUUAGUUCUCUAACUUUAUCAGUAAUUUCAUUAAAAUUAGAAUAAAUAUCAAUAAGUCUAAAUAAUUUCUUAUUUUUAUCAGCAUCUAAACUAAACCAAGAAUAUUCAUUAUUUCUAAUUCUCAUCCACAUAUUAGCCUCACCAUCUAUUAAUUCUCGAGAAAGAUAAUCAUUACUCUUUCUAAGAGUUUCAAACUCAUUUAUUAUUUUUUUUCUUAAUUCUUUCUCAAAAUCCUUAAUAGUUUUAACAUCCAUAUUUUUCUCUAUUUCAGCAAAAAAUUUAGCCUCCAUUUAUUAUAUAAAUAGAUAAUUACCUUUUACAACUUUGUUAAGUGUAUUUGAUUUCUCACUUAUUUCCAUAAGCAACUCAAAUAUUUUUAUAAAUUUAGUAUCAUUUUCCAAUCUAGAAAAAUCAGCGUAUUCAUAACUCAUAUUUAGGUUGUUAUAUAUCUUUUGAAGUUCACUUUUUAGAAAAUUAGAUCUAGUUGUCAUUUUUAUCUAAACAUUAUAUUAAAUGAAAGAAUCAUAUUGUAUUGUAGAUAAAAGAGUAACUCCUUGCACAGAGCCAAGUGGUUACCAAGCAGAUAAAAGAGGUAGAACUCAAUUCUAUUGUAGAUGCGCAGUUUGUGGAAACAAAAAAGUUAGAUAUGUGAAAACUGGAACAGCUUCUCAAAGUGGAAGUGGAAAAAAGAGAAAACGAAAAUCAAAAAACUAAUCAGCACGUCUGAAGGGGCGGGCGUCUUUGAUACUGUAGUUGGCACAGCAGUUGAUGGUUUUGUUCAUUACGGUUUACCUUGGAUGGGUAAAAAAGCAGUUGAAAUGGGACGAUAUGGAGCAAGCGAAUUAAUGAGAAAUAAAAAUCUUCAAAAGAAAGCUGUAAAUUAUGGAAUCAAUAAACUAACUCCAUUUAUUCAAGAUUCUGUUGGAUCAGCCAUGGACCAGUUAUCAACCAAAGUAAGA